AUGGCAGCACAGAUGCUCAGCUCUGCAGUGGCCCAGGAGGCGGUUAGCCAAGCCUUAUCAAAUUUGAAGGAGAGGUACGGGAACAAGUCAGACGGAAAGGAGCACAUGGAAAGGAUGGUGAUGGCUCACAUCAAGCUGGAGGCCGCCCUCGAGACAUCCAACAAGUGGAACAUCACCAGCCUGCCAUUGCUGCGCUGGCAGAGCAAGCUCAAGCGCGCCGUGCAGGAGUGCGACCACACCCUGCGCAGGUGCAAGCAGCGCUUGGAAGAAGAGGAGGACAGACAACACAGGGUAAGCAGCUCCGCCUUUCCCAAGCGAAUUGCUCACACUACCAAGUCGUUCUUGUCAUCGCUCUUGAGUCGCGGUGGCGGCGACAACGAGCUGACAGGAUCUGCCGUCCGGAGAUUCGAGCGGUUUGCAGACGUUGGAGGUUCAGCAACAGAGAUGAUAAACAGAGAGGUAGCGCCAUGCGGCUUGUACGCAAACAUUUCUUUUGAGCAGCUGGGUGAGAUCAUGCUACCAAAGGCGGAAGAUUGCCUUGGCGGAAAUGUUGCAGCUACCUCAUAUCAGAUGCUGUGGAAUUCCAAGCAUGGAAGCGCAUACCUUCAGGCAGACAAGACCCCAUGGCCGCCCAUACCUUCAGGUCGGAGAGACAGAGGUGGAAAAAAUCAGAAACAAAGUCGGUUCAAGAAGGUGCAGCGCCCAUGGACAAGUGAGACAAGUGAGUUCUUGAGCUCUUGGAUUCUGCAUGCGCCUGCCCAGCUGCAGGCCUCAUUCGUGGACUGGAUUGAAAACAAAAGGCGACCGCCGCUACCAUUGUCCUCAAAAAGUACUUCAUGCGUUCAUGGUUGUCCAAUGAUGUCCUUGUCUUUGCCAGAUUAUCACGCAUCUUUAGCCAGGAAAAUCAGGUCUUACAGCACGUUCAUCGCCUUAAGGACUUGA